CAGCCCAUUGCCUGGAAGAGCCCACUCUCGCUAGAAGAAAGACCAUCCUUGAAGAGGAUGACUGAGACAUUAUGGGCCACGCACUUUGUGUCUGCUCCCGGGGAACUGUCAUCAUUGACAAUAAGCGUUACCUCUUCAUCUAGAAACUGGGGGACGGUGGGUUCAGCUAUGUGGACCUAGUGGAGGGGUUACAUGAUGGACACUUCUACACCCUGAAGCGAAUCCUGUGUCAUGAGCAGCAGGACCAGGAAGAGGCCCAGAGAGAGGCGGACAUACAUCGCCUCUUCCAUCAUCCCAACAUCCUUCGUCUCAUGGCUUACUGUUUGAAAGAACGAGGGGCUAAGCAUGAAGCCUGGCUGCUGCUACCCUUCUUCAAGAGAGGUACACUGUGGAAUGAGAUAGAAAGACUGAAGGACCAAGGCAACUUCCUGACUGAAGACCAAAUUCUUCCAUUGUUGCUGGGUAUCUGCAGAGGCCUUGAGGCCAUUCAUGCCAAAGGUUAUGCGCACAGGGACCUGAAGCCCACCAAUAUUUUGCUUGGUGAUGAGGGGCAGCCAGUUUUAAUGGACUUGGGUUCCAUGAAUCAAGCAUGUAUUCAGGUGGAGGGCUCACACCAGGCCCUAGCUCUACAGGACUGGGCGGCCCAGCAUUGCACCAUCUCCUACGGGGCACCUGAGCUUUUUUCUGUGCAGAGCCACUGUGUCAUCUAUGAGCUGACUGAUGUCUGGUCCCUAGGCUGUGUGCUUUAUGCCAUGAUGUUUGGGGAAGGCCCUUAUGAUAUGGUGUUCCAGAAGGGUGACAGUGUGGCCCUUGCUGUACAGAAUGAACUCAGCAUCCCACAAAGCCCCAGGCAUUCUUCAGCAUUGCGACAGCUUUUGGCCUCUAUGAUAACCGUGGACCCCCAGCAGCGCCCUCACACUCCUGUCCUCCUCAGUCAGUUGGAGGCAUUGCAGCCACCUGCUCCUGGCCAGCACACCACCCAAAUCUGACCAGAAUCAAGGGGCAUGUUGGAAAGAUGACCUUGAAGUUUUCAUCCCUCAUUGG